AUGCCGGAAGUCAGUGGCAUCGCUUUUCUAAAGUAUAAAGGGGACGAAAUUACACUAAACGUGAACCCCUGCACGGAAGAAUGUAUAGCGUUGAACUGUCCUUUCCAGAACUACCCUGAGGGUUAUGUUCCAUCGUAUCGUUGCACCAACGUGUACAACGCUCUUAGCCUGCUAGUUCCAACCCCUCCAAAUGAACUUCCAGACGACCCACAAGCACAAGAGUUUUUUUUCGACUUCAUUUUCAACCCGGGCCCAACGAUCAACAGUGUUAAAAAUGGGUUACCAGACAUACCUUUCGACAUGAGCGAUGGACCCGUUCCAGGCGAAUGCGCGUAUAGCCAAAACCCGCCCUGCGGUGGCGUUGAAUGUCCGCACGCGGUUUAUGUUAAUCAAAUACCUAGUUCAAAGUCCAUCGAAUUCGUCUUCUCCUCGCUACCAAGAAGUCAAAGCGAAGAUAGUAUAUUGGAUCUGGGAACACAUCCUAACCAUAUGCAUGGUCAUUCAUAUUGGGUGACAAAAAUCGCCUACCCAGAGUAUUUCGCGAAUGGUACAAUAAAAAAAGAGAACAGCGAUAUAGAGGUACCAGAUUGUGGACAUGGUGACUGGAGUGAGGGUAGACCACAUAUAACCCCUGUUAACGACACAACGAUACGCAAGGAUGUGAUCAUCAUUCCUGCUGGUGGUUAUGUUGUAGUUAGGUUCCGUGCAAAGAAUCCAGGAUGGUGGAUCAUGCAUUGUCACAUUGACCCUCAUCUUAACAAUGGGAUGGCGAUUUCUAUCGGGGAAGAAACCGAGUGUAUUAAUCCACCGCCAGAUAAAAUGAUGGACCCAACUGCCAAGGAAUUCUGCUGGAGUGUUGAAGAAUUUAAAGAAAAGGAAAAGCAUAUCGUGUGUCCAAAGGGCACCAAGAAACAACAUCAAGUGAUCCCCGGCAAGGAGAGAUUUAUCCCGAAUAAACCGGGUGAAGAAUUAUAUGUCAAGAGUGAGAUGGACAAAGAGGAAUGGAAAGGUGCUGGAGAGGAAUGGCGAAAUACAAGAUUUAUUCUGGAGAAGUACAAGAAGAAAAUGCAGAAAUGUUCUUAG